AUGGCGACGGCGACGUCACAGUCGCUCAACUUCAACUUCCUGCACCGCUUGUGCAAGCUGGUGGUCGUGCUCUGCUUCCUGCACAUCUCCGUCACGCUCUUCUACUACGUCCGCUCUCUGGACAUCCGCUCCGCCUUCGUCCGCAACCAGCAGCAGCAGCAGAACCGGAAAGACGGCAACGCCACCGAGCAUCUGGGUAACGGUACCGAGACGCCAGUAACUCCCAAAAGCUGGAAGAAGUGCCCUGAAACUUCUCCUCUGCUGGUGGGUCCCCUACGGGUGGAGUUCAACAUUCCGGUGAGCUUGGAGCGGGUGGCGCAGGAGAACCCGCACAUCCGGCCCGGCGGUCGCUACAAGCCCUCCGACUGCGAAGCCCUGCAGAAGGUGGCCCUGAUCAUCCCGUUCCGCAAUCGAGAACAGCACCUCAAGUACUGGCUCUACUACCUGCACCCUAUCCUGCAGCGGCAACAGCUGGACUACGGCGUCUACGUGAUCAACCAGGACGGAGACGAGACCUUCAACCGGGCCAAACUCUUGAACGUGGGCUACGCCGAGGCGCUGAAGGAUUACGACUACGAGUGUUUCGUAUUCAGCGACGUGGACUUGAUCCCCAUGGACGAUCGCAACAUCUACAAGUGCUUCAGCCAGCCGAGACACCUCUCCGUUAGCAUGGACAAGUUUGGCUUCAGGUUGCCUUAUAAUCAGUACUUUGGCGGCGUAUCAUCCAUGAGCAAGGAACAGUACCUGAGGAUCAACGGCUUCCCCAACAAUUAUUGGGGAUGGGGCGGCGAGGAUGACGACAUCUUCAACAGGCUGGCGUCCAAAGGAAUGUCCAUCUCCAGGCCCAGCGGCGAAGUGGGAAAAUGCCGGAUGAUUCGGCACGAGAGGGACAAGCAGAACGAACCCAACCCUCAGAGGUUCAACCGCAUCGCUCACACUCGGGAGACCAUGAACAAGGACGGCAUCCGCUCUCUGUCCUACAAGCUGGUUUCCAAGGAAGCUCUGGCGCUCUACACCAAGAUCACGGUGGACAUCGGGAAACCCUGA